AAGAUGUGCUCGGGGGGGACCCUGAGCAUCCUGCGCAGCGACUCGUAUGCGGAUCUCAGCCAGUACCGGGACCAGCACUUCCGGGGCACGCGCUACGAGCAGGAGCGGCUGCUGCGCAAGAGCUGCACGCUGUACGUGGGCAAUCUGUCGUUCUACACCACGGAGGAGCAGAUCCACGAGCUGUUCGGCAAGAGCGGCGACGUGAAGAAGAUCAUCAUGGGCCUGGACAAGGUGAAGAAAACCGCCUGCGGCUUCUGCUUCGUGGAGUACUAUGCAAGAGGAGAUGCUGAAAACGCCAUGCGGUACAUCAAUGGAACCAGACUUGAUGACAGGAUCAUAAGGACAGACUGGGAUGCAGGAUUUAAGGAGGGUCGACAGUACGGUCGUGGAAGAUCAGGGGGCCAGGUCCGGGAUGAGUAUCGGCAAGACUAUGAUGCGGGAAGAGGCGGCUAUGGCAAAACUGUUCAAUGCCAGUAAAUGCUGAAUGACUCCUCGGCCUCACAGGAGAACUAAAGCUGCACUGUAAAUGUCAUGAGCCAUGAAAUAGGUCUGUUGCACACAAAUUUAGGCAACUAGCAAUUCACAGAAACUCCUGUCAGUGUCGCUGUGGUCACUUAGUGUGUUCAAUAUCUCUUCCGUUUUAAAGCCUAGUUACAAUAUGAGGAUCCAAAGCAUUGGAGAAGUGCAUUAAUAAAGAGGRCUUGGGCAGGGUUUUAAGCAUUGGUAUGCACAAGACUCUGGUUUCUAACCACUGCUGUAACUCUUGAAAAUAGAACCAAGAUWUAACACUAUGGUGCUUUCUUCCACUGGUGAAAACUUGAUCAUUCUAUCACUGGAUUUUGUUUACAUUAGUGUCACAGGGUACAGAGGAAUUUCUGUAUGAUUCAGAGAUAAAAGGAAUAUUUAAGGAGCCUGAAGGGGAUAGAAGAGCAAAUUCUAGGGAAAACUUAAAGCUGCAGAUUUUCUUAAGGUUAGAGGAUUAGAGCAGCCAUGUCAACUGAUGCAGUUUCUCAGUGGAGCUAGUACAUAUACCUGAAGGUCACAACAAGGCAAGCUGUGGAACAGAAUGAGCCCAGGAACCAUAAAGUAAGAAGCAACUGUAGCAGAUAGCAGAAAACAGAUCCUUAAAGUUUUCUACAGAGUAAAAUGGGAUUGCACGAUAUUGUUGAUCCAUUUGACUUUGUGGAAUAUAAAGGACAGGAUAUUUAUAAGUUACAGUACUAGUCUGGUAGCUCCCUACAGCCCUUAUAUUUGAGGAACGAUAUCUUCUAUGUAGCCACAAAGGUGAUGUAGAGCCAACUUCUACAGUUACCCCUGAAAAUGGAGUGUUUGAGGAACUCUGUAUAUAAAACAGAGGGAACAGUUCUCAAAAGAGAUUUUUACAAUUGAAAGGAACCUGAUUGUAGGUGAAGGUAAAAUAAUAAAAGGAAAAAAGUCUUUUUUGAGAACCUUACUUCCUACUGAGCAUGUGGUGAGAAUUAUAAAAUAAUUGCAGGACUUUUUUCUUUUUUUCCACCCUCUGUGGAUCCUUUUACCACUAUCAGUAAUUGGAUUCUGUUGUACAGCCGACAUAGGAAAAAUAAUCUGUUCUCAUAACAUCUGUGAAUUAGGCUUGCUGGAAGAUAGAGUUGGAAUGGAACUGCUAUAGGUUUGUUUGUAUGGAAUUCUGAGUUUUUGAAACUGCAAUCCACUAAGUUUUUCCAAAUAUUUUAUUGUUUGUUUCUUCUUAAAAUAUCAGGUAUAUAAAACUUGAUCUUUCCUCAUUGGGGAUGUUUUUGAAAUAUUGAUGCAUUUAAUGCAUAUGACUUGUCACAAUUGUUACUUUAAGU